CAGAUUAUUAAGCAGCGUGUCGGGAUGAGAUCAGUCAGUCUGCUUCCAGGAGGAGGGCGAGCAGCCGGAGCGAUGGAGAUCCUGGUUCCCCGAGUCUGACAGAGUGCCUCAGUGAGUGUGUCCGUGCUGCGAGCCACCAUGAUGUUCUACAGCUACCUGCUGCUCUUUGUCUACAUCCUCACCUUCCUGAUGGGGGUCCCCGCCAACAUCCUGGCCUUCUGCACCUUCUGCCGCAAGGUGCGCCGCAAGGCCAACCCCAUCGACAUCCUCCUCCUCAACCUCACCAUCUCCGACCUCCUCUUCCUCCUGUUCCUGCCGUUCAAAAUGAAGGAGGCCUCGGACAACAUGGCCUGGCUGCUGCCCUUCCCCCUGUGUCCCUUCACCAGCUUCCUGUUCUACGUCACCAUCUACAACAGCACGCUGCUCCUCACGGCAGUGAGCGUGGAGCGGUACCUGGGCGUGGCCUUCCCCCUGAGGUACGCCGCGUGUCGCCGGCCUCGCUACGCCGUGAUGGCCAGCGUGGCCUUCUGGCUGGUGAGCUCUCUGAACCUCAGCAUGGUCUACAUCAUACCCUACGUCCAGUGGAGCAAAUGGGCAGAUGGUGAGAACCCCAACGGCAGCAGCAUUGGACCCCCACUCACCUGCUACCAUAACUUCUCACUGGAUGAGCUAGAGAUCAUUCUGCCGUUCCGCCUUGAGCUCUUCAUCGUCCUCUUCUGCAUCCCCUUCUUAAUCUGCUGCUUCUGCUAUGUCAACUUCAUCCUCAUCCUGUCACAUCUCCCAAACAUCAGCCGGCGGCGGAGGCUGCGUGCCAUAGGCCUGUCACUCGGGACGCUGAUCGUGUUCACCGUCUGCUUCGGGCCUUACAACGCCUCCCACCUGGUGGGGUUCCUCAACAUGGAGAGCCUGGAGUGGAGGAACGUGGCGUUGCUCUCCAGCACCUUAAACGCCUGCCUGGACCCGAUCAUCUUCUACUUCUCGUCGGCGGCGGUCAGGAGCAUGUUGAAGCUCUGCUUCAGGAACAUCUUGGCCAAGCUGCACAUCCUGAGGUGUGGGGGGGCUCCGCACCAAUCCAAGAAGAGCCAGGAAGCAGCCCCCCCAUGAAGAAGAGUUUUAAUAACUAUUCAACACUUUUGUUCUUCCCUUUAGACUUUUGAUGAGCGGAGGUCUCGUCUAUUUCAUCAUCGAAAAACCGACAAGAGUGAAGAAUCACUGUUGCAAUAAACACUUGAAUGUGCGUUUUUAUAUUUCAGUUAUUUAUCUGCUUAUUUAUGCCUGAGACCUGUCGCACAAGCACAUUAACACAAAAGCUUAAGAAUUGCAACAGACGUGAGUGAUUGCUAAAUGUAACUCAACUCUUUUUACUGUCAACAUCCACUGCUA